UAUCGCGAACUGUCGUGGCUAUUUCGCUCUCCAGACUCCAUCGCGGAGACUCCCAUCGGGUGAGACUCAUCGGACGCUUGCACUUUUCCAGGCUUUGCCGUGAGAGAACACGUGUGCGCACUAGGGAGCAUUUUUCGAGUGUACGUGAGAUCGGUCCAGCCGCGGGAAUCAGGUUCGGUAGCUUGUCCCAUCCAUCACUAACCCGGACAGCCAGAUGUUCGCAGGGGGUACAAUGGUCGAAUAAGGCGCAUCCCCUCGGCGGGAGAGAGUUUUGCCGCAGGUGGUACAGCCCACGAACGCGGCGGCAAAGCACGCAGCGUUUUCGCAUCACACGCAUCGUCGUACGCUGACCGGUUCGGUCCGCCGAUUCACCGUGGGAAUGAAGCUUUCAAUUAGUCGCGAUGUCGUAACCGGUUAAACGGUAAUUAAUCGAUCAAUGUCCCAAAAUUGGUUAAAAGGUCCGGAAAAAGCCGUUCGUUGAUGAAACUUGAAAUCGGAUUCACUCCAAGAAAAACUCCUUGAAAGCCCACCGAUAUUCGGAUUGGGGCGAAGUUUUCCUACUAGAAACGAUCAACGCGUACAAUGCUUCCGGUAAAUUUGGUUCAGAUCAGUACUCGCCAGUGGUUCAUAGCAUCAACCCCCUGUCAAACGACUGUCAACGAGAGUCCCAAGCAGUAUCGGGACUUGCCAGACGACGGAAAGACCGUCCGGAUCAAACCGCCAGUAACGAGAGAGGCCUAUCCCGGGGACAGAUUCAUACCGCUUCGGCACAGUUACAGUUUCCAAGCGGCGUACCACUUGUUAACGCGGCAAUCCGAUGAUUGGGAGGAUAAAAGUGAGAUAGACUAUUGUAAACAGGUCGAGCUGCUGAAUACUACGUACCGACGCGAAGCUAUGCGUGCAAUGAUGAUCAGUCAAGAAUGCGUGUCAGGUCUGAAUCAGAAGAGGAUCCUGCAGACUUUUAUCGAGCGUCGUCAAGAAUCGAGCUAUUUUGCCGCGCAAGGGCGCCCGGGAUCGGGGGGAAAGUGGAAGUGCGCGCCGCGCAAGAAGCCUCUGAUAGGAAGCCCGGAAAAAAUGCUGAGCUUGUCCGCCGAUCAAAGUGAUGACGCUCGGCCGAUCGACUGGAGCUGCAUGGAUGUAUUCGUGGUGAGCAAUCCAAGCAGCCUGACGAUAUACGAUAGCAACGGCACGGCAUCAGAUACGAUUCAUUUGUGGGAAGGCCCUGCCGCCGUUAAGUGGAGUAACGAUGGUGUUAAGAUAGCAUGUACGUUUCGAACUUCGAUGCAGGUGAAACUCUACGAUUCACGAAAGAAAAAGUUCUUAUGGAGCGUUUCUUGUUACUGUUUUUUUAACAGCUACGUAGCCUCGUGUAACAAUUGUUGUAUCUGCUGGUCUCACGACGAUAGUCUGAUUGUGACCGCAUGCUCGGGCAUGCUAUCGGUAUUCCAAUCGAACACGGGCGAGUUGCUGAUGAGGAAACACGCACACUUGGCUGACAUUAUAACCCUGAAUUUCUCGUCCAAUUUCAAAUAUCUCGUGUCAACCGCGCAAGACAAGAACGUCCGGAUACACACCUGGCCGAAUUUAACAGAUUGGUACAAUAUCGGAUUUACCGAUUCUAUAAAGGCGGUGGCUUGGCAUCCGGAAAUAUCCGGGCUACUUUGCAUAGGCGGAUCAAGAGACUCGUCGUUGUCGUUGUGGAAUAUCAACACGUACACAAUGAUAGACUAUCUGCCUGCCAAGUUUCAAGGUUGCGUGGAAAAUCUCGCCUGGAACAAAUUAAGUGGCGAGUUGGUCGUACAUUGGUCGUACGCGGUAGGGGACAAACGAUACUCCGUCAUUCCGAUUCUCGCCAAUUUCGAACGAAUAGUCGACGCGAUACCACUGGAUAAAAGCGAACGGCUGUCCUUCUUUAAGUUCAAUACUACGCACAAACAGCUGGUAACAUACUGCAACGACGUGUUUUCGAUAUGGAAUUUUUUCGGCGACGAGAAACCACCGGGAGAACGAUAUCAGCAUCUUUACAGCACUGCGGGGCAAAGGCAAGGAGUCAUCGUUCGUAAUUUGAUUCGAUGAUUAUUCGAGCACGCACAGAGAGAUUACCAACAAAAAUGUCAAUUGUGCCACGCGUAUCCCUUUGCUAAAAUUUUAUAUAUUUUAUUUCGCAAUAACACGUUUUACAAUGAGAAAUGCUCUGAUAUUUUA